GUAGCGAGGCUUGGAGGCCGGCCCUCGGAACAGAAGAUGGCGGACGAGAGUGAGACAGCAGUGAAGUCGCCGGCUCCUCCGCGGCCGCAGAUGAUGGAAGGGAAUGGAAACGGCCAUGAGCACUGCAGCGAUUGCGAGAACGAGGAGGACAACAGCUACAACCGGGGUGGUUCGAGUCCAGCCAAUGACACUGGAGCCAAAAAGAAGAAAAAGAAACAAAAGAAAAAGAAAGAGAAAGGCAGCGAGACAGAUUCAGCCCAGGAUCAGCCCGUAAAGAUGAACUCUUUGCCAGCAGAGAGGAUCCAGGAAAUACAGAAGGCCAUUGAAUUGUUUUCAGUGGGCCAGGGACCUGCCAAAACAAUGGAGGAGGCUAGCAAGAGAAGCUAUCAGUUCUGGGACACACAGCCCGUCCCCAAACUGGGAGAAGUGGUCAACACCCAUGGCCCCGUGGAGCCCGACAAAGACAACAUCCGCCAGGAGCCGUACACCCUGCCCCAGGGCUUCACCUGGGAUGCCUUGGACCUGGGGGACCGUGGUGUGCUGAAAGAAUUAUAUACCCUCCUGAAUGAGAAUUACGUGGAAGAUGAUGACAACAUGUUUCGGUUUGACUAUUCCCCGGAAUUUCUCCUGUGGGCUCUCCGGCCACCGGGCUGGCUCCCCCAGUGGCACUGUGGGGUUCGAGUGGUCUCAAGUCGGAAGCUGGUUGGGUUCAUCAGCGCCAUCCCAGCAAACAUCCACAUCUAUGACACAGAGAAGAAGAUGGUGGAGAUCAACUUCCUGUGUGUUCACAAGAAGCUGCGUUCCAAGAGGGUGGCUCCAGUCCUGAUCCGUGAGAUCACCCGGCGGGUUCAUUUGGAGGGCAUUUUCCAAGCUGUUUACACUGCCGGAGUGGUAUUACCAAAGCCUGUAGGCACCUGCAGGUACUGGCAUCGGUCCCUGAACCCACGAAAGCUGAUUGAAGUGAAGUUCUCCCACUUAAGCAGAAACAUGACCAUGCAGCGCACCAUGAAGCUCUACCGACUGCCAGAGUCUCCCAAGACUCCUGGCCUGCGACCAAUGGAGAAGAAGGACAUUCCAGUAGUGCAUCAGCUCCUCACCAGGUACCUGAAGCAGUUUCACCUCACGCCAGUCAUGAGCCAGGAGGAGGUGCAGCACUGGUUCUACCCCCAGGAGAACAUCAUCGACACUUUCGUGGUGGAGAACGCAAAUGGUGAAGUGACAGACUUUCUGAGCUUUUACACGCUUCCCUCCACCAUCAUGAACCAUCCGACCCACAAGAGUCUGAAGGCUGCUUAUUCUUUCUACAACGUCCACACCCAGACCCCUCUUCUAGACCUCAUGAGUGACGCCCUUGUUCUCGCCAAAAUGAAAGGGUUUGACGUGUUCAAUGCACUGGAUCUCAUGGAGAACAAAACCUUCUUGGAGAAGCUCAAGUUUGGCAUAGGGGACGGCAACCUGCAGUAUUAUCUCUACAAUUGGAAGUGCCCCAGCAUGGGGGCAGAGAAGGUUGGGCUGGUGUUACAGUAACCAGUUGCCAGUGCGACUCUGGAUAAAGCCACUGGGAAUUCAAACCAGGAAAUGGAACCCUACCACUUGUUGGUCCAAUUUUCACAAACGUGAGAAUCCCUGGCAAAGGGAACAGAAGCGAACCGGCUUUACCAAACAGCCACUGGAUUUGACAAUUGCAUUGUGAUGGCGUGGGCUGCGCGAUGUCGCCUCGGCCGUGUCUCUGGUGUCCCUGUUUUCCAGUUAGUCACACCCUUAUGCAGCCGAGAUCAAGGGAAUGUAGCUGCUGAAAACUGGCUCGUGAUUGGCGUAUUAUGGAGUUAACGGGUGAAUAAUAAAAGUAUAUAUAUUAUAUAUAUAAAUAUUUUAAAUAUUUUUCAUGUUCCAAAUGUACAAGGAUGUUUGGUCUCCAGUGAAAAGUUGAAUCCAGGUCAUUCCUCAAAAUCAGAAUCAAGGACAGUGCCAUACGUACACGUUGGUACGGUGAAUGACUUCCUUCUGAGAGCGGGCACUGACUUUUCCUGGGGGAGCAGGAGAAAGAGAAUGUGGGGCAGUUUAUCUACUUCCCCUUCUGAACUGGCUGGAAAGGUUGGCUUCGAGAGGGUGGGGUACAGUGGAGGGACUGCGCCAGGCUUGGAGCGGGGGCUCAGGUGUCAGAUCACAGAGUCCUAGGUGGGGCCGGCCCUACUCAGAGGCUUGACUGCAGGCCCUGGGCAUUUUCUGCACUCAGAAACUGGGCGGCUGUGGCGACCUGGGGAAGCAGGGUUUGUUGAGUCCUUCCAUCCUCUUGGCCUGCUCCCUGUUGGAAGUCCUGCCAACUCUUUAGCCAGCUGUUGCCAAACUUAUAGGCACAAGUACCCUGAGAGACUUUUUCCACUCCCACGGGUGACUGGCAAUUUGAAGGGGACUUUUGACCUCCUUGUAGCAUUUGAGAUCUUGAGGAGACCAUGUCAGUGCAAUCCCUGUUUAGCUCAUCUUAGGGCAAAGAGCCAGCACCCUGACGCCCCUGGGGCUGGCUGGGCAAGGGUGGUGUGGGGCCGAUUCCCAGGUCCCUGCAGCCACCAGUCCCUGGCUUGUGCCUUCCAACCCAUUGGCCAUCUCUUGGGCGCCUUUCCAAGACUACACAAAAUUCAAGGAAUGGCAGGGAGUGGUGGUUAGACGCUGAUCUGUACGUGGCAACAGAAAUGGCUCUGUGUUGCCAUUGUCCUAGGGUGACUUUCACUGAGGAUGUUUGGUGGGUUUUUUUGGUGGUGGUGGUUACGGUUUUGGAUGCUGCCAGGUUCCCCGCCAGGGGUGGAGCCUCCAGGCUCGUGGCUGUGCAGGUGUCCCUCAUUUGUGCUCAGCCGAGUGUUAGGGAGGAUCGGGCCGUGGAAUUGUCAGCAACCCAUGUCCUGGCUUCUGUGUAACUUUUGCUGUGGGAGAAAGUGAGUGGGUGGAGGGCAUGGCUCAGGGCUUUCCUGGCUGCUUUCACCUCUGGGCUGCUUGCAGGGGAAAGGGAGUCGUAGCCAGGCUCUGUAGGCCAGCAGAGCUGGGUUUCAGGGUGUGGGUUUUGGUGAGGUUUGCCAGAGGCUAAUUCUGCAGUCCCCAAAGCUGGAGGAAACCGUGUGCUCGGGAGAGGGGCUGUGCCACCUGCCGGAGCGCUGCCCGCUCUCUGCAGCCCGGACUGGACUUCCGGAAGAGGCCCGCAGAGGCCUCCCUUCUCCUGUGUGCCUGUGCGGCAGCCUGCAGGCCCCAGAGCGCACGGCUGGCCUUUGACUCCUUGGCUCCAAGAUACCCAGACCAAAGAAGCUGCUGUUCUUAGCAAGACACUCACCGCAUUCCACAGACAGGAGGAGUCGGAGAGGCAGGGGCUUGCCUUCCAGCCUUCCAGGUGUCAGACACAGCGCCCCGAGUCCCUGAGUGGCCCGCCCUGUUCAGGCUUCUAAGGAUAUCAGAGAACAAAGUGCCUGCCUCUUUCCUACCUUGGGCAGGACCUGGAACUUGGAAACACUCCCUGGGAGAGGAGGCCCAGCCCGAACUACCUGUGUACUGCGGGUGCUCAGCAGCCCCUGGAGAGAGCUUGGCCAUGGCUGACCCAGGUCAUGGAAUGGAAACUGUGAGGCGUGAGGCCUGUGGCUGCUCCUGAAGAAACGGAUCUGGAAAGGCCUCGGUGUCUCUCUCCAAAACCGCAUGGCCUGCUCCUUGGACUCUCUAGUUCAUGGUGGGGAUCCUGCCCCACCCUCAGUGUUAACCACCCAGGUCUCUGGGAGUCGGCUCGGCAGUUGCUGUGUUAGCCUCCUUUUAGUCCAUACAGCCCUUGGGUUCUUCACUCAGCCCCUUCCAGGACUUCAGGUCAGAACGCUCAGAGAGAACCAUUGUUUGGGGUUCAAGGCCUCCCCACAAGGAGCCUUGACUGGGGCAGGGUGGUGGAGCCGCGGCUGGCUAGAACCAAAUGAGAGAAGGACCUGGGGCCACCUGCCCCGGGACCUGCCCCGGGCAGCUACCGGUGGACAGCCUCCUGGGCACGGCCCUUACUCUGUGCCACCAGUGCUCCGUGCUGGCGCCAGCUUUUUGGACUCCUGUGUGUCUGGAUGUUUAUCUCCUGCCUUUGGAUUGACUCUGCAUUUGACCCCUGACCCCGUGGCACAUUCCCCUGGCCUCCAGUCUCUGUAGGGAGAGAGCUGGGGAGGAAGGAGGCCUGGGUUCUGGACAGAGGUCUGUAUAGGGCUCGUUUCCUGACACAUGCCUAAUUUUGUAGAUGCUGACCUCCGGUUUGAAGGCUGGCCCGCACCGAGCCACUUCGGACCUUGCCUGCACCUCCCUUCUAAUUGCCAUUAUCCCCUCCCUGCCCCCACUCCCCAGCUCACUGAGGCCCAAGGGUGGGUGACCCAGUGGUCUUUACUUCUUUGCUCAGAGAUGAUCAGCAUUUAGCCAAACCAAGGGAUGGCCCAAAGGCCCAGACGGCUUCAGGGUUCAGUCUAGAAGCAGGGGCAGGGCUGUCUGACCAGGGGAGGGGGCUGGGAGUGUAUCUCUGGCCAGUGCCCACCUGCCAAGGAGGUCUCCUGCCAAGGAGACCCAAGGCUUGGGUUCUACCCCAUUGCCAAGUGAAAGCAGCCCGGCCAAGAGACUGUCCCUGGGGAGCUUUUGUGGGCCAGUUUCAUUCAAUUAAGUUAAAAAAUACUGGCUGCAGGCAGGUGCUGCGUCUGGGAACAGGGAAGGGGGAGCUUCACCUUUCUGUCUUGGCUUUUCUCGGGGCUGCGGGCGGGGCAUCCAUUUCUAGGGUGGGGGAGGCGUUGCCUUGUUCCGCUUGAUACAUCUCACUUGUUUCUAAUAAAGGAAACAACUGAAUAAAC